AUGCAGCUCGUUCCGAAAGAGGCUCUUAUUGCCAGCAAUUUGCAAGAACUGAUUCGCGAUGGCAACCACACGGUGGCCGACCUAAUGUCCAUUGGAAAGACCAUGCUUGGUCGACGACAUGUCCUGCCCUCUGUUAUCUCCACCUUGACCGAGUUGCAAGUGGAGGGUACCUUCAAGACUGGCACAUACCUGGUCACCGUCCAUCACCCAAUCAGUUCCGACGAUGGGGACCUCGAAAAGGCUCUAUAUGGAAGUUUCCUACCCGUGCCAUCGAAAGACGCAUUUCCUUUGCCAGACGAAAGUGAGUAUGACGCAAAGAAAAUGCCAGGUGCGGUCAUUCCUGUCAAGGAAGGCAAGAUCACGUUGAACGAAGGGCGGAAGAGAAUCCAGUUGAAAGUCACCAGCAAGGGCGAUAGACCAAUACAAGUAUUGACGAACCCCGACUCUGUCAAGACGAUGUCCCAGGCUGACUAUCUUCUCCAGAUCGGCUCCCAUUACCACUUUAUUGAGACAAAUCCGCAACUUGAAUUUGACAGAGGCAGAGCAUAUGGUUUCCGUCUGGACAUCCCGGCCGGUACUUCGGUCCGUUUCGAGCCUGGAGACACCAAAACAGUCAAUCUGGUCGAGAUUGCUGGCAACAAGGCGAUCCAUGGGGGAAACAACCUCGCUUCAGGCCCUGUCGAUGUAUCUCGUGCGGAAGAAAUCGUCCAAAAGCUCCAGCAAGCUGGAUUCGCUCAUACCCCUGAACCCGCCGGUGACUUGGCCCAUAUAGACGUCGCAUCUAUGACCCGUGCAGACUACGCCGGCAUGUUCGGCCCCACGACUGGUGAUCUCGUCCGGUUGGGAACGACUGAUCUCUGGAUCAAAGUCGAAAAGGACUUAACAGUCUAUGGUGAAGAAUGCAAGUUCGGUGGCGGCAAAACUCUUCGAGAAGGGAUGGGACAAGCAUCUGAUCGGAAGGAUGCCGAUGUGCUCGACACGGUUAUUACGAAUGCCCUUAUUGUCGACUGGUCCGGCAUCUACAAGGCCGAUGUUGGGAUCAAGGACGGUAUCAUCGUGGGUAUUGGUAAAGCCGGCAAUCCAGACGUCAUGGAUGGUGUCCAUCCCAACAUGAUAGUCGGCAACGGCACGGAUGUCAUCGCAGGCGAGCACAGCAUCCUCACCGCAGGAGGUAUCGACUCCCACAUCCACCUCAUCUGUCCUCAGCAGGUCUAUGAAUCCGUCGCGGCCGGCAUAACAACUUACCUAGGAGGCGGCACUGGACCCAGUACAGGUACCAACGCAACGACUUGCACGCCCGGGAAAUGGCACAUGAAACAGAUGCUUCAGGCGAUCGACUCCCUUCCCAUCAAUUACGGUAUUACGGGUAAAGGGAAUGACAGCUCCCCGGUUGCCCUCCGCGAGCAAUGCGAGGCUGGCGCCUGUGGCCUCAAAUUACAUGAGGAUUGGGGCACCACUCCUGCCGCGAUUGAUACCUGUCUAUCAGUGUGCGAUGAAUACGACGUGCAAUGCCUCAUCCACACCGACACGCUCAAUGAAUCUGGCUUCGUGGAAUCUUCAAUCGCCGCUUUCAAGGGUCGCACCAUCCACACCUACCAUACCGAGGGUGCUGGCGGCGGACACGCGCCCGAUAUCAUUUCCGUGGUUGAACACGCUAACGUGCUCCCUUCGUCGACAAAUCCCACACGGCCAUUCACGAGGAAUACGCUGGAUGAGCAUCUCGACAUGUUGAUGGUCUGUCACCACCUGUCCAAAAACAUCCCGGAAGAUGUCGCCUUUGCCGAAUCCCGCAUUCGCGCAGAAACCAUCGCGGCGGAAGACGUCCUCCACGACCUCGGUGCCAUUUCCAUGAUGUCCUCUGAUUCGCAGGCCAUGGGUCGCUGCGGUGAAGUGAUCCUUCGGACGUGGAACACAGCGCACAAGAACAAACAACAGCGUGGGACGCUGAAGGAAGACGAGGGUACGGAUGCCGACAACUUCCGGGUCAAGAGGUAUGUGAGCAAGUAUACGAUCAACCCGGCGAUUGCGCAGGGGAUGAGUCACUUGGUGGGCAGUGUCGAGGUGGGCAAAGUGGCAGACCUGGUGCUUUGGAAGCCGAGUAUGUUUGGGACAAAACCGAGUUUGGUGGUCAAGGGAGGAAUGAUCAACUAUGCGCAAAUGGGCGACCCCAACGCCUCCAUCCCCACCGUGCAGCCCGUGCUCAUGCGGCCCAUGUUCGCGGCGCACGUCCCCUCGCGGAGCAUCACGUUCGUGUCGCAACACGCGCUGACCUCGGGCGUCGUGGCGUCGUACAAUCUGUCCAAGCGCGUCGAGGCGGUCAAGAACUGCCGCACCGUCGGCAAGAAGGACAUGAAGUUCAACGACGCCACGCCCAAGAUGAAGGUCGACCCAGAGUCCUACAAGGUCGAGGCCGACGGCGUGCACUGUACCGCCGCCCCCGCCGAGGUGGUGCCCUUGGGCCAGACGUACUACGUUUACUGA